GAUUUCUGCUGAAAUGUCAGGAGAUAACUCAGCUUCAUCGCUUUCUGUAUGUUUGCCUUCAUUGCCUCUGGAGAAACGACAAAUUGCGCUGCCAAGCAACGGGUCCAAAAAACCCGCAAUGCAUCACGACUGGGUUUCAAGCAUCAAUUUUCUAACAUACUGUGCUCCGAACUCAAAGCAAAUUGAAUUUAUGGCAGCGGAUCAGAUUGAAAAGCGACUAGACUGCAUGAUAAGCGACGUUGAGUCUAUUUUAAGGCUUCCUCAUCAUAAGUUUUGGUCUCAAGUUUACUUUGACGCGACUUUCAAAGCUUUUCUUAAAUCAUUUCUGACAAAUUUUCCCAAAUGUUGGGAUGAGGAUUCAGAAAGCAGUGAACAAAUUACUACCAAACAGAUGUCGCUGAAACAAAAAGUGUUUUUGGUUUGCGUUAGGUUGUCUACAUAUAAGGAAUCGAAUGAAGGUUUCAUGAGCCCUGAUUAUUUUGGACAAUUGCAUGUUCAAGCUGGCUGGUUUGCGCCAAAAGAAAUGGCCAAUUUUUGCAGUAUUUAUUACCAGCAAUCAGUUUUACUAUCAAAAAUAUGCGAAAGCAUAGUAACAAACAGCCGCGAAGAUUUCAAAUUGAAGUUUUGGAAUUAUUCUGCUGGAAUAAUUGGAGCGAUUCAGUCAAUCAAAAGAGCGUGUGGUUUGAACUUGCUUGACCCUAAUGACCUGUCAACUGAGUUUAACCCGGCAGCGGGGCUUGACCUUUACGCCCUUUUUCGCAUGGCUGAUCUAUCAUUAGAACUGACCUCUAACCUUUAUGCGUUUUCGGACACGGUCGAUUUGGUUCUUGAGUUAGUAGCGACUAAACACGAGAGUUGUAGUCUUUUGGACGAAUUGUUGAGUUUUGUCGAAAAUGUUGUGAAAUCUUUAAUGUGGACUGUUUUACAAAUCGAAGAUCAUCAAAUAAAAUCGACUUUGAUACAAAACUUGAAGCUAGCUGCAUCAAAUGUUAUUUCGAUUACAAAACUUGUGGUUGAAAAAUUUAGACUAGCAAAUUUGACUAUCGAAAACUUUCAAGAUACCAUUGAGUUUUUCGACACAUUAUUAGAUUUAGAAUGGACGCGAAGUUGUUUUGACAUUGACACAUUAAUUCAUGACAGUGUUGCACAGCUGACAAUUUUUUCGUCCAAGAAGGAAAAUAGAGACAAAGUUAGCAUGUCGAAUUUGAUUCAAUUACAGUCAAGGUUAAACGAAGAAAUACCCACGGAAAAAUUAUCCGCAACGAUAGCCCAAAAUAAGCAGCCUUCGACAUCGCAAAAUUUUGAUUCAAAUCAAAGCAGUGAAGCCUCAAAAUUGCUCGAAGCUUUGAAAAAAGUUAAGGAAAUCAUUACAGAUGUCGAUGAUAUUAUAAUUGAGUUCUACCUUGAAAAACGAAAUCUAUCUGUAGAUCUGACAAUCAACGAUUUGUUUGAAAAUAAUUGCGAAUUACCGGCUGGUGUUUCAAGGCGUUAUUUAGAAGCCCAGAAAAGUUCAACUAAUUCUAGCCUUAAAACUAUUUCUAAAAAAUCAGACGAGUUUUCAAGCGACAUGCAACACGACAUUGUUUCUAAGUACGGCUUCGUUGAAGAUUUUGAGUUUGAUUCAGUUCAAAAAAGCUCAAAUAAGCGUGAACAAAUUUCUCUUCACCAAAUCCGCGAAUCAGAAGAAGCGAAUGCUUUUGAAUACGAUGAUGAAUACGACGACACGUACGAUAACUCAAUGCCAGUUGCCGAUUCCUUUGACAAUAAAGAGUUUCAGUUCCAAGUUAAAAAUCCGAACUGGGGUUCCAGAAACUGGAUUACAGGCGGCGGGCCUCGAAAGGCUGCCUGGGAUUUUGAGGACGAUGAAGAUGAAGAAGAUGAGUUAAGCACCGGUCCUGAUAAAGAUGACAAUAACCAAAUUAAUCAUCAAAAUGCUCUGUCGGGUAAUUCUCGAAAUAGUUUUUCAAGAGGUGGUAAAGUGGGACCAGGUAGCAGGAAUAAUCUGCAACAAUCAGGGAAAGAUAAAGAUGUGCCAAAAGAAACCUUCGCAAGUCAGCCUAAAAGUAGAAAGAGUCAUCGACACACGGGUGGGAUCCUAGAUGAAGAGAUGGCCCGAACCGGUAACGAAGCCAAUUCGAGUUUGAAUCCGGAGAGUCAGAGCUUUGGAGGAGCUAGACCGAAACAGAAGUCGUAUCAGACGAAAGAUUAUCAGCAGAGAGAUGGAGCUUCGGGUAGUAGUAGCGGGGGAACAGGAGGUGCUCGGCGGGUGGACUCGGGGAAGUCGAGAGGAAACAGAAAUGGUACCUCUUAUGUCGAAUCAGGAAUGAACUUAAAUCCUCCUGGAUUCGAACCCUCGACUGAAGAUAGAGAAAACCGUAAUAUCGACCAGCCAGAAUUGUCGAAUAAUAUCAACCAGGAAAGGGAAGAAGCUCCACGCAAGCCGAUGGGAAGAGGGAGAGGAUACCCUAAAACGAAAGCGGAACAAUCUCAAGCGAAGACUCAUUAUAGAAAAGCAAUGGCCGCCAAAAAGAAUAACUUUAACGCGCCAGGAUUUUUUUGAAAAUGAAUUCUGAAAUCUUAGAAAUGUAAAUUAUUGAGAAAUUGAUAAUUAUAAGCUUUAUAUUUA